GAGCUGGUUUUGUGUUUUCAAAACAUUUUAACAACAAACGUGUCUGUGUGAAGCGUUUUCAUGCAGUUUCGCAGCAGAUAUGCCGCGAUACUGUGCUGUGAAAGUUUGCAGAAACCGCGGGGGAAGUGCAUCGAGACAAGACAACAAGAGAAUUAGUUUUUACCCGUUUCCCUUGCAAGACACAUCCAGGCUGCAGAAAUGGGUGGACAACAUGAAGCGGGAGGAGUGGACCCCGAGUCGACAUCAGUACUUGUGCAGCGAGCAUUUUACAGAGGACUGCUUCGAUAUUCGCUGGGGCAUCCGCUACCUGAAGAACACAGCCAUCCCAACCAUAUUUCCCUCCACUGAGGAUGAUGGAGACACCAAAGUUACCACCUUUAAAAGAAGCCCAAAGGCCAAACCCAGGACUUUAGACACUGAGUCGACUGGAUUUGACUCUCCUCUCAACAAGAGGCCGCUCAUUUUGAGCAGAACGUGCAAAAAGGUCCAGCCAAGCACAACAAACAGCAUCGCUGGCGAACACACAGAGAUAUUUCAAUCACCUCUGGUGUCAGAAAGUGGCAUUUCCUGUCAUUCUGAUCUCUUAGAGAGACAGACCGCUGCUUGUGAGUUACCAGGUGACAGUGGAGUGACAGCAGCGUCCUGCCUCACACUGUCCCCACGAGGUGAGCCGCCGUCUGAAGAGCAGACUGACUCCAUUGUGACUGUGUUGUGCUGUGAGUCGUUGGGCUCUUUUUUGGAUGGAGAGGAAAAUGCGGAUGCAGCUGCCCUCCAAGCAGCACUGGGCCAGACUUUUAGCUUCGUCCCUGUGGAGACAGUCAAAGACGAACCCACGGGCUGUUUUUUGGAGGAGAGGGGACCCAGUGACGGAGAGCACAUUUCUGUUUACGAGCACUCGUACUGCAGACCGGACACAGACAAAGAUCAGCUUUGGAGUAAGAUCCUGAGUUUGCAUGCAAAGAUCUUGGAACUGGAUCGCAGGGAGGAGAACACUGUGGCCAAAAUCCGCGCUCUGGAGACUGAGGUGGCAAUCCUGAAGAGAGACGGAGCUGUUUUUAAAGAGAAGCAGAAAAUUUUAGAAGAUUAUAUAUCAUCCAUGUUGCUUUGAUUUUGAAAAUAAUUACACGAUAUGGACUCUGAAAUUGAAUUGUAAACUUGUGUAAUGGAUUUUAAUUGUUGCCAUUGAGUCACUUUUGCUAACAUGUUGCACAUGCUCCCAUACAUAAAGCACAGCGGCACAAAUUGGGUCUUGUGAGACUCUAUUGGUACUCAGUGCUCCGCAACAUUAGCCAGGUAAGACCAUCCUGAUGACGUGAGCUCAACAUUGUGUUUCUCUGGAUUUUCUGCCAACCCGAACCAUUUCAGUGGGCGGGUGUUACUCUCGUUGACAGACAAACACCUUCAGCCAAUCCUGAUGUUAGCAUUAGCGUCCGCUCGCUCCUCUACUGUACAAAUAUAUCAUCAGUUAGACAGUAACAGUCAUAAAAUACCAUUUUUAUAUAUGUACCCUUUGCAUGUGACCUAGUCAAUAACAAUCCCCACAAGGUUUUUGCGAUACACUGGCAUGCAAGUAUAUUUUGGCAUCUGCAUGGUCGUGAUCCUCAGCUUUGCAGCCCCUUCUAUCUGCUCCUCCGUCACAGCAAUUAGCGAUUAUUAGCAAUUAUUUGUAUAUGUGCAUUUUUCUCACCACCAACAGAGCCAGUUAGUAAAUCAAGAUUUGGGCAAAUCCAUUCAGACAAAAGGAAAAAAUGUAAUUUUCUUCAAGAAAUACCACAAAUGCAUCCUCUUGUUUUUUUUUAUCAACUCUAUCACUGAUUUAACUUCACUUAUCAGCUGUUUACUCUGCUAAUGUGAGAGUUAACACUUGUUGCUGUGCAGGCUGCCGUUUAUGUUUUCAAAGCCUGCAUGCUACAUCAUCCACCAUAAAGCGGUCCCUAAAUUGGCUGCCUAUGUAUUCAGCCACAGACCGAAACGGUGAUUGGCCGGACUAGACUGUGGUGCAUUGAAAUUGUUCACGGUGCAUAAAGUCUAGACUGGGACAGGAAGAGAAACAGAGUGUUGAGCUCAUGUGAUCAGGAUGGUCUCAUCAGGCUACCACAACAUUGCUUUCAAUAUUCCUUCUCCGUGAAGGACAUUUUGACUUGUCACAGUAGGAAACACACAGGUAUAACUUAUCAAAGUAAUGAUGGCUGAAUUCAAUUUAACUGCUUUGAUUUCCUGUCUGGUAUUCUGCAUGCUGCCUCGCCGUCACUUCCACUAGAGCACUUAAAUAGAGCAGAGCUGUUGUUAAUGUUAUUAGUAAAACCUGUGCUUUUCUUGCUAUGACAAUUAAAAAUGCCUGCUGUGAGAAGGGCGGGGGCCCAUCGUGUGUCUUAUUAUCUGUUUUUGUCCACAUGGUGGCAUAUCAUUUCAGAGCGUCACUAAAGCAUUGGUUUUUAGCCACUUAUUGCUAUGCAUUUCUGAUACAUAUCUGAGAUUUUUUGUCACGUUUACAGUUUUUGCAUGAUUGUAUCUUUGUUGUGAUCAAUACACAGUCAUUGAGAACCAGGAAAAGUCAUGGAAUUUCCCAAUUUUCACGGCAUGGAUAAUUAUAUUAAUGGAAUUAGUAAAAAUCAUUGAAAGAUUUGGAAAAUUCAUGGAAUUUUCUUGUGUGUAAUGCAAAUAGUUGUUUCAGUAAUUUUCUUAAAUAUUUUUUGUAAGGGUAGUGCUGCCAUGCCAGAAUAAAAAAAAAAAACAGAUCAGUAUCAGGUAAUAACAUUGUUUCUUGUUAUAAUGAUGUUUUUCACAUUUUAAUGUUUGAAUGUACAAUUCUGUGAACGGUCAUUGAAAUUCGUUAUGGAUCCUUGAAAAAUCAUGGAAAGUUUGGAAAUCUUGUCAAUGAAAACCUGAUCAAUACAUUGUUAAUGGCUCA